AUGAGCGGCGCCGACAUUUGUUUCGAAAUCAUCAAACGCGCAUCCGAUGGAUACGUUUUUUCCGAAGCCGUUGUGUCCCAUUACAUGAAUCAAAUUCUCCAAGCUGUCCGAUAUUGCCACAAUAAUGAUGUUAUUCAUCGCGAUUUGACUCCAAUGUGCGUCCUCCUUCAAAGUCGAGAAAUCAAGGCCCCUGUGAAACUCGGUCGCUUCGGUCUGGCAAUCGAAUGUAAAGACGGACAGACAUUACAAGCAGGGGAAGUGACGACACCCCACUUUAUGGCACCAGAAAUGUCGCUCGGCGAAGCGUACGGCAAGCAAGUCGAUAUGUGGAGCUGCGGCGUCAUGCUUCAUCUAUUACUGUCGGGAAUGCUUCCAUUCGUUGGUUCAGGUUCAAAGCUGAUUCAGAACAUACAAAAAGCACAUGUGCCGAUGAAUUCCCCUGUUUGGGCGGGCAUUUCCGAAUCUGCAAAGAAUCUCGUCACUCGCUUGUUGACAGUUGAUCCUCAAGAACGAAUCACUAUAACUGAGGCUCUUCAACAUCCCUGGAUCGCCGACCGUAAACGCGUCUGCAACUCUAAGAAUCUCAAUCAAACCAUCACAAACUUGUCAAAAUUCAACGCUCGUCGCCGACUAAAGGGAGCCGUCUCUGAUGCAUUUGCUAGUCGACUUCCUCCACAGCAAGAAACUGUUCUACCUAAUUCAGGUGUUGGAGAAGUUCUUGAUAGUCUCGAUGAAAUAGACGCAAUUGGAAAUAAUGAUCCUGCUGGACUUGAUGAUCCCAGUCUGCAGAAAUGGCUUGAUAUUUUUGACGGAAUCUCUAGUCUUGAUCUAUCAUCGAAAAAAGUCUCGAGUCCGUGCGCAGAACAGCGUUUCGCCGAAGUAUACGAUUAUCUCAAGUUUCUCCCGCCAGGAGAUGGUCCAGGACCUGAAUUCGCCUCUCUCCUCCUCAAUCCACACUUUCCCAAGCUACUUAUUGCCCACGACUUAAUCUCAUCACAAAUUUAUCAGCAACCGAAUCUCAGCGGGACCACGUGCUCAGCAGGUUCAGCUGAAGUUGCGAAUAUAACGAACUCAGCAGAGCAUAACCAACAUCAACAACCUGGUGGGCGUAGCCUAAAGAAGAUAUCUUUCAACAAGGGCCACGAUGAGCCUCUUGGAAUCACUCUCCGGAUGGAUCAGGGAAAGUGCCUUGUGGCGAGGGUUAUUAUCGGUGGAAUGAUUCAUCGACAGAACUUAUUGAACGUGGGAGAUGAGAUCUUCGAUAUCAAUGGCAUUUCAGUUCGAUACAAGGAAAUUGGUGAUCUUCAAAUGAUGCUCCGGUCACUUCGCGGAACAAUCACUUUCACAAUCCAACCAUCAGAAACUGUCGCUAGUCCAACCUGUGAAAUUUAUGUUCGAGCGCUGUUUGAUUUCGACCCAAUGCAGUCAUCAGACAUUCCUUGCAAAGAAGCUGGUCUUCGCUUUAGUACUGGAGAGGUCUUGAUGAUAUCAUGCAAAGACGAUGAUUUUUGGUGGCAAGCGAGAAAUAUGGACACGGAUAAUACUGGUCUUGUGCCAAGUCCGCAAUUCCGCGAAUGGAAAGCAAACUCUGAGCAUUUGCUUGAACAAAUGCGCAAGAAAAAGGGAACCACGCCGACUCAAGGCUUCAAUCCCGUUGCCCAGACGCCUCAAAACCAAACUCUCUGUUACGAAGAAGUCAAAAAGGUUCAAAAUUUUCGGCGCAAAUGCCUCGUUCUCAUCGGCGCUCACGGUGUUGGAAGGAGAAAUAUCAAAAAUAUGCUCAUGUCGAUGAAUGGCAUGAAUAAGACGCAGUACUCUUAUCCAGUCCCAACUACCACGAGACCGCCCAGACCUGGGGAACAACACGGCCAAGAAUACUUUUUCAUGAACUACUCAGAAAUGAACCUCUCAAUACAAAAAGGCGAAUUCCUCGAGUAUGGAGAGCACGAAGGUCAGCUUUACGGCACAAAACUCAGUACUAUUAGAGACAUCAUCAAUAACGGACAAUGUGCAAUACUCGACGUUGAACCCACUGCACUUAGACUUCUUAAAAAUAAGGUUUACGCGCCUCUAGUUGUUUAUGUUGCGCCUGGAAAUGGUGGUGAUCGAACAAUGGGAUACGAGGGCAACCCUCACAUCUUCGAAGACAGCCGCGCGAUCAUGCAGCAAUACUCGCACGCAUUCGAUGUCAUCAUUCCGAACAAUUCGACGGAGACGACCGCUAGUAAAAUUUACGACUUAUUUGAACAACUUCUUCAAAGGCCGCAAUGGGUGCCCAGUCCGUGGGUCUAG